AGAGAAAGAAGGGGAUGAGAUUCAUUUAAGAAGUUAUAUGUUUAAUAUACAUGUAUCGGCAUUACAAUUAUUAAAUUCAAUAAAAUAUAUUAUAUAUUACUAAAAUUAAUUAUAUAUUACUUUAAAUAAUUAGGUUUAAUUAAUAUAAAAGGCAGUAUACAUUGAUUCUUAUGAAAAGAACCAAGCCAAAGUGCAUUUAAAUUACUUUAGAGUACAUAUUAAUUAAACUCAUCUUAAAAAACCAGUUUUGUUCCAUCAAUGUAAAUGAAUCUUAACGAAGGUACGGAGCGAGGGUGAUUAAAAAGAGAAGGAUGGCCUGCAAAUCCAAAAGUGGUGGUGACUUGUGUUUAGUGCGUGCGUGCACAUAAUCAUGAAGGAGACGUGAAGGCCACUUACAUUCCAACAUACCAUUCAUCAUCAUAUGCAUAAGGAAAAAAAUCAGUGAACACCGACCAUGUCUAUAAUAUGAAUCAUUCUUCUAUUCAUAUGUACAUAACUCACUCUGCCUCUGCUCUUCUUUUAUUUAUUUAUACAUUACAAUCAAUCAGAGAAUUAGCAUAGGUUGAGUUGAGUUCAAGAUGUCUUGGCAAAGCUACGUGGAUGACCACCUCAUGUGCGAUUUCGAUGGCCAUGCCCUCACGGCAGCCGCCAUCAUCGGCCAGGACGGCACUGUCUGGGCACAAAGCUCCAAAUUUCCUCAGUUUAAGGGUGAAGAAAUUGUAGCCAUCAUGAAAGAUUUUGACGAACCUGGCAGCCUUGCUCCAACGGGCUUGCACCUCGGUGAUACCAAGUACAUGGUCAUCCAAGGUGAACCUGGAGCUGUUAUUCGCGGCAAGAAGGGUGCUGGUGGGGCCACUGUUAAAAAAACUAAUCAAGCUCUGGUAAUUGGUAUCUAUGAGGAACCUCUGACCCCAGGACAGUGCAACAUGAUCGUUGAGAGGUUGGGAGAUUAUUUGGUUGAGCUGGGGCUCUAGAUCUUUUCUAUCAACCUCUUCAAUUCAUCCUUGCAUCUUCUUUUCCAUGCCUACCAAACGUACUCAAGUUGGAUAUUGCUGAAAUAGUCGUGUGACGAAGAACCAAAAAGCUUAUAUUUCUUGUAUAAUGUAUUGGUGUUUUAAUAAGUUCAUUCUUUUUAUUAGUUAAA